AGAACCUCUUCAAGGGAACAAUCAGGCUUGGACCAUGAACAGGAGCCUGGUGGAGAGGCUGACAAGGAGAAUUGGAUCCUUGUGGGUUCCUAGAGCAGAGACUCAAGGAAAACUGAAGAGGCGGCCUUUGUGACAGCCAAGGAGGUAUCUCCCGCUGAAGAGUCAUCAUGCCUCGCGGUCAGAAGAGUAAGCUCUGUGCCCGUGAGAAACGCCACCAUAUCCGGGGUGAGACCCAGGGUCUCCAGGAUGCUUAGGCCACUGCAGCAGAGGAAAAAGAGACCUCAACCUCCUCCUCUCCUGUUUUUGAGGGUACUCUUCAGAGCUCCCCUGAUGCUGGCAUUUCCCAGGGACCUCAGAGAGCCAUCCCCACCACUUCUGCUGCAGCUAUUUCAUGCAUAACAUCUGAUGAAGGUGCCAAGAGCCAAGAUGAGGAAAGUCCAAGUUCCUUCCAGGUUCCAACCUCCGCUAACAGCCCUCGCAAAGAUCCUCUAACCAGGAAGGCAGGUAUGUUGGUGCAGUUCCUGUUGUACAAAUAUAAAAUGAAAGAGCCCAUUACAAAGACAGACAUGCUGAAGAUUGUCAACAGGAAGUACAAGGAUCACUUCCCUGAGAUCCUCAGGAGAACCUCUGAGCGCAUGGAGCUGAUCUUCGGCCUUGACUUGAAAGAAGGGGACUCCAGUGGUCAAUCUUAUGCCCUUGUCAGCAAGCUGGACCUCACCAACGAAGAGAAUCUGAGUGGUGACUGGGGGUUUCCCAAGAAUGGUCUGCUAAUGCCUCUUCUGGGUGUGAUCUUCAUUAAUGGCAACUGCGCCGCUGAGGAAGAGAUCUGGGAAUUCCUGAAUAUGUUGGGGAUCUGUGAUGGAAAGAGGCAUUUCAUCUUCGGGGAUACCAGGAAGCUCAUCACCAGAGAUCUGGUGUGGGAAAAGUACCUGGAGUACCGGCAGGUGCCCCACAGCAACCCUCCACGCUACGAAUUCCUGUGGGGUCCAAGGGCCCAUGCUGAAACCAGCAAAAUGAAAGUUCUUGAAUUUUUGGCCAAGGCCAAUGAUACUGUCCCCAGUGCUUUCCAUUCCUGGUAUGAAGAGGCUUUGAGAGAUGAGGAAGAGAGAGCUGGAGCUAGAGUUGCAAGCAGGAUUAGCACAUAUGCCCUGGCCAGGGCACAUCCCAGGGUCAUGACCAGCAGCUUCUCCCGCAUCAAGUGAAGUCUGAGGCAGAUUCCUCACUUUUUAAUGAAAAGGGCUGUCAACCUCUUAAGGAGUGGCUGCUGAGGUGGGGCUGCAGGGAACAAAGUUCAUGAUUUCUUGAUGUUCCUGUUGUACAUGAAUAACUUGUAGGUCUUUGUUCUAAAUUUUUUAAUUUUUCAAAUGUUCCUUUUAAUAGGUUUGUUUAGCUGAAGCAUCUAAGUUGAUGAGUCAU